AUGGCCCCAACAACCCACUCAUUACGGCCAUUGAGCUGCUGGAAACCCAUAUUCCGGCACACCAGAUUGCAGAAAACUGCCACACGGUCGUUGACCACGCAAAUCACGCAAAUCAAACCCAAGCGUACCUUCGAAGAAAGCAGGGCCAUCGCGCCCAAGAGGAGAAGUAACUUUAAGAUACUUGGACCACCUCCAGCUCUCAAGUUCAAGGAACCUAUCAAAGAUGUCACGGCCGCCCAAAUUGCCAUCCUCGACCCAACCAACGCGCGCAGCAACCUCUUCUCCAAGACCAACCCCGAAGCCGCACACGUCGGCGACAUUCUCCUCGUGCGCCUGAAGACCGGCGAUCCCUUCGCAGGCGUUUGUAUCAAUAUUCGUCGACGCGGCAUAGAUACCGGUAUCCUCUUAAGAAACGAAUUGACGAGAAUUGGAGUUGAGAUGUGGUUCAAAAUUUAUAGUCCGAAUGUGGAGGGUAUUGAGGUUGUGCAACGUAAGGAGAAGAGAGCGAGACGUGCGAGGUUGACAUAUAUGCGGAAGCCAAAGCAUGAUAUGGGAAGUGUGCAGAACAUUGUGUUGGCGUACCAGAGGAGUAGAGGGGCUCUUAGGGGUAAUGGUGGCGCGGGGACGCUGGGGAAGGAUGAGUUGAAAGGUGGAAAGAGGAAGAUUAAGGGCAAGGGGAAAAAGUAG